AUGAUCCUGAAGCACCUGGCGAACGGGAUGUCCGCCGCCCGUUCGCCGGUGUGUCGUUUCUGCCCCAAUCGAGGGGGCGCGCUCAAGCGUUGCACGGACGGGAGCUGGGGCCACAUUCUUUGCGCCUUCUGGAUCCCGGAGUGUUGCUUCUUACAUCCACAAAAAAUGGAGCCGAUCGGAAGCAUCAACAGACGGGGGCAGGCCGGCGGGGUAGAACAAUUCCUGCCAAGCUUUCGCUCUAGAAAAUGCCACGUUUGUGGGACUAGCGGAGGAUCGGCCAUCCGUUGCCACAGCGCUUCGUGUAAGUUCCAUCUCCAUCCCAUGUGCGGGAGCAAGGCCGGGAGCGUCUACAUGGAAAUUGAGACCACGAUGAAAAGAGGUGUCGACGGCACAGAACAUGAGAGCGUGAACCUCGUAGCAAAGUGUCCCAGGCACAACAAGAGCAAGGUUUACGGCAGAGCUGGCAAGGGCCGUUCUGCGGUCGCCUCGGCUGCCGACCCCUUGUCGGUGAUGGGUAAGACAAUCGAGAUCACAGACCCGGAGCGGGAUGGGGCUGUCGCGCUGGUGGGGAAAGUGACGUGGUUCGACCCCAAUCGGUCGAGAUACUGCAUCGUCACGUCUCGUCGAGUCGGUGGUGACGGCGAUAGCUGCGACAGUGGAGAACCGAAGGAAGGCCGUACACACUGGAUUGCGGCGAAGAAGCUAGUCGAAGCCAAGGCCGUGGGCCUCCACAAAAACGGGAAAAAUUUCGCGCUAGAACCGCUGCCUUCGUGGGAAAAACAUAGAACGGAGACGGAUAAGGAGAGUGGGUGCCAAGGCAGUGAUGUAAAAGUGGAACAGGAGGAACAUGAGAAAGUAGCACAAGACAGCAGCGGGCUGACGGCGGAGGAGCGAGGCGAGAAUAAGGAGGCCAACAGCAAGGAUGCUGUAGGCUUGGAGGAGACGAAAACAGAAAUGGAACAUGGGGGAAGAACCACGGUCGGCAAGCGCCGAAGGCCGGACCUAACAGAUCCAUCGAUGCCAUCAGAUGAGUCUCCGGCCAAACGCACGGCUCGCGUCAGAUUACAGUCGCGACAAGCACAGGCGUCCCAAGGGCUAGACUCGCACAACCUGCAGCCCGAAGCAGAAUCCUCGCUCUCGCCGCGCUUACAAGGUGAAGGGUCGCAGUCUUCCGCGGUGUUGGGGUUUGGACCAACGUCCGAAAUCGGGGACGCAGGGUCUUGUGCCGAAAUGGAGGGAAGGAGCAUGGCUGCACGCCAUCCAAUUCAGGAGCCAAGUCGGCUGUUACCCUCUGUCCAUCUUGCAGAACAACCCGACCCGUUUUCCAGGUACCCGAUACGAGGCAGACUGAGGCGCCCAACAACCCCUGUCCCCGACCCCAAAGAGCCACAAGCGCUCGAGGACGUUCCCCGGACCAAGAGGCAACGGCGAGGGGAGGAUCCAGAGCACAGAGUUGCCGUUGCAGCGGACGCCGGUUCAGGUCCUUCGUCCAGCAUAGGGCCCGGAGAUGCCGUUGUCGCCGGCGCUUGCGAUGAACCAACCCCGGGAAAUAGCGACGGUGCGCAAUCCCGCUUAAUUCCGCAAGCACGACCCUCCAUGGAAGUACGGACAGUGAGUGCAGCGGAAGCCGAGCAGCGUGAAGGUCGCUCAGUUUAUGUCCUUGAGCCCGGCUGGCCCCACGGAAUGCAGUUGCUCGCGCACGUUCCUGUAAUGCGCGUUCGGACCGUUCUUGUGCCUGGUGGCGGGGAGGCCACGUAUUAUGCCAGCGCCUAUGCCAGCGCAGAGAGUGUCAUCGGUAACAUGCGAUCUGCACCUCGGUCCACGUUCCAGUUUGAAGAGUUAGGAGAACUGGGUUUGACCGAUCGCGUCAAAGAGAGACCGGCGCAACGGGGAACUAUGGCCGAAGUCCUUGACGAGCACCCGGAACGAUCUUGUGAGCCUGACGGAACAAGCAAGGGACGGGAAUGUGACAGCAGCGCACAGGGUGAUUCGGGCAACUUCUCCCCCUCGCGGGUAGCAAGGCUGGGUGAAUUGCAUAAACAACAAGCGACGGAACGCGAAGAGCCACCGGUAGACAAGGCAAGCAGUGUGCCAGCCGAUAAUGACGAGGAGGAGGAAGAGGAGGACGGAGAAAUCACUUCCCUGUUCGAUGUACGAGCAGGCGCCAUGCCCCUUUGCCCAAGCAGUGGCAAAACCAUCGAUGAUGACGGUGUGGAAAUGACACCGGGUAUAGGCGGCCUUGUGGCGGAGGAGGAAUCGGGGAGUAAACGAUUGCUCGCUCAUGAUGUGCACCACAGCAGCCAAUCGAACACGACUGAUAACAGCAAUAACGCUACCAAAGCAACAGACGUGGAAGAGAUGGAAGUUUCGAGCGAUGGUGGAUCGUACUGCGGCUUUGAAAUAGCGGAGGCUGCGUCGCCAUGUAUCUCCGACGACGAAGACGACGCACGUUGGGGAAGGUCUGAUUAUCGUGGAGAUGCUAACGGGACCACGAGUGCGAUUCCUGCGUCGUCUUCGAGCCAAGUGGGCACUGCUGCCAACCUGCAGGAAAGGCUGUCAGAACUGGCUGAUUGUGUGGAGGAUUCGAAAUCUGCUGCCGAUGCUGUCUCAAAAGACACAAACCCUGCUGACGAUCCGUCUAUUGGUUCCGCGGCAACGGUCGAGCAGGCGCUGCCUGACACGUGUGAAGACGGUAAUACGUCGAGGCAUCGACAAGAGGGGUCUACGGUGGAAAGGGACCCGGAGAUAACUCUAAAGCCACCGCCCGCGCCGCAGCAGACAGGCGUGACCUUGGCCCUCCGUGCCAUCGUUCGAGAGCAGCUCCAGGGCGUCCUGCGAUCGGCCAGCAAGGGUGAGGAGGCGGCGCUUGCGAACGGAAACGGAGAUGAGGUGAUUGAAAAAAUUGCGACGGGUGCCGAGGAGGAGUUGUUCGGCCGCCUCUACAAGGACAGCACGGGUGGGCGGGAGUAUAAGGCCAAAUACAAGCAGUUGCUGCUCUCGCUGGGGAACGUCCGGAAUGACCGCCUGGUUGCAUCCGUGCUCGCUGGCAAUACAACUCCGGUUGAUUUGGCCACAAAGGAUGCGGUGGGUCUUCUGAAUUCACUCAGCUCCAGCCUCAACUGUCUUGCGAUCCCCCUGGCCGGUCGGCACCGGCAAAACUUCCAACCUAGCUCUCCGGCCGGGAAUGGCCGCAAAGGGAGCGGUAAACGCCGCGGCAAGAUGAUGUUGCUAUGAAGUCGUUUUGAUAUUCCAACGCGCGAUGAGUUUCGUAGCCGUCGCCUGUGUGGGCGUAUAGCAGGAAGUGGAGAAGAGCCUGCGAGAAAUUUGAGUCGUCACACAGGUGGCCAGUGGGCACCGUUGUACGGGGGCGUUGAGGAACCUCCGGCCAACGAGUGGUUGUUA